AUGGUGUCUGCUAUCUCCAAGCUCGCUGCAGCUGCAGCCGUGUUGAACACCGUCAAUGCUGUCCCACUUGCAGGCCGCAGCAGCGGCAAGUUCGGCGACAAUCAUACUCCCCUCGAAGCUCCUACGCCUGAGGCUGAGUACUUUGUCUCAUACGGACCUCGUCCCUACUACCUGAUCAACAACAUGACCGAGUCCCCACUCAAGCAGAAGCUUCAAAGCUGUGAGAACGGGCCGUUCGAGAUCACUGCCUUCAGCAUUGCCCACCGUGGUGGUGCGGACCUGCAGAUUCCUGAGGAGACAGUCCAGUCGUCGGUGGCUGGUGCGAGAAUGGGCGCUGGCAUCAACGAGUGUGAUGUUGCGUUCACCUCGGACCUCAAGCUUGUCUGCCGCCAUGACCAGUGCGACCUGCACACCACGACCGACAUCAUGAACAGACCAGAGCUGCGGGAAAAGUGCACCACACCAUUCACGCCCGCUAACGAGACUGCGGAUGCUUCAGCUCUUUGCUGUACCAGCGACAUCACGCUGGACGAGUUCUUGGGUCUCUGCAGCAAGAUGGAUGGCUUCAAUGCUAGUGCCACGACUCCCGAAGACUUCACCGACGGCGGCAUUCAGCCCUGGCGUACAACGCUCUACGACACGUGCGGCACCGUCAUGACGCUUGAGUCCUACAUCGACCUGACAAACUCUUUCCCGGGCUACCGCAACUUCACGCCGGAGCUCAAGACGCCUCCUGCAGCAGUCUCUAUGCCCUUCAACGGCUACACUCAAGCGCAGUUUGCCCGCGACAUGGUCGAUACUUUCACCAACAAGGGCAUCAGCCCUUACCGCGUCUUCCCUCAGUCCUUCCUGCCCGACGACGUCUACCUAUGGAUCGAAGAAUACCCCGACAGCUUCGGCCCACAGGCCGUUUACCUCGACGAAGAAGGCGACGAUCCAGCGGACUUCCCUGCCGCGGUAGCCCGCCUGCCCGAGCUGAAGGCGCGCGGCGUCAACAUCAUCGCUCCUCCCAUCAACUACCUCUUCAUCGCCACUGGCGAGGACAAUCAGACCAUCGCGCCCUCGAGCUACGCGCUGACGGCCAAGCAAGCCGGCCUGGACAUCGUGGCCUGGACGGCAGAGCGCUCCGGGCCCCUCACAGACGUGCGCUCCUCCGAGGACUACUACUUCAGCACGUUUGCUGACGCGGUCCACACCGACGGCCAAUUCUACGAGCUCAUCGACAUGCUGGCGCAGGAGGUGGGCAUUGUGGGGCUCUUCAGUGACUGGAGCUCGAGCGUGAGUUACUAUGGCAGUUGCAUGGGCUUGAAGGGGACGUAUGGUGAGAAGUACCACUCGGCGGAGUGGAAGGGUCAGAAUAAGGCGUAG